AUGUUGCCUGUAAGAAGGUCCAAAAUGUCAAAAAGGAUGGUACAAAAUCUCGCAGAAAACAUUUGCAAGCAAGUGGCCCACUUCAAUAAAAGAGAAGUGGAGUGCCUGAUCAGAGAGUUUUAUUUGAUAUUGGAGGAGCCGACCAGUCCAGCAAGGUCAGUAAGAGGCUUGGACAGAUGGAAGUUUAGACGUUUUCUGCAUCACACAUUUGGACUCACCGACGACACCAUCAUGGAUGGAGUGUUCCGGACGUUUGACAAGGACAAUGAUGGUUUUGUGAGCAUGAAAGAGUGGAUUGAGGGAUUGUCAGUGGUUCUCCGUGGCACCUUGGAUGAAAAAAUAAAAUACUGCUUUCAUGUGUACGACUUGAACGCUGACAAGUACAUCACCAGGGAGGAGAUGUUACAAAUACUGAGGUACAGCCUCCGACUCCCUGGAGAAGAGGACCCUUAUGAUGGAAUCAAAGAUCUCGUGGAGAUUACGCUGAAGAGGAUGGAUCACGACCACGAUGACCGGCUGUCUUUGGACGACUUUGCGAAGUCAGUGAAAGAGGUGAAUCACGUGCUAGAGGCUUUUGGGACGUGCCUUCCCAACACCACUAGGAUUGAGACCUUUGAGCAGCGUGUGUUUCAGAGACAAGUAGAUUGA